AAAACAUCACGGGCGGCUGCUGCAGCUGUGUGCUACGAAGCACAUGGUGGUGUGCAAGCGUCAACCUUUUGAGUUUUGUUUAACUUUAUCGCUUUCUUUGCUGAAAAAGCACACCGUUUGAAUAAAAGUAGCUGGUCGACUUAAGGAAAGAAAUACCAUUAAAAGCGCUGUAACUUUGUGGAUUUUCUUUUUGUUUACUUAAAACUUAUUCGACAGCCAACAAGCGAGCAUGUCGACUGGCGCAAAGCAAGCGAAAAGCUGCCCGAUUCCCACCAGGGUCCUCACCCUGAAGGACUGGUCCCAGCUCCCUGACUGUUACAGCCAGACCCCCGGGGGGACCCUCUUCUCCACCACGCCAGGAGGUACUCGCAUCAUCUACGACAGGAAGUUUCUCCUGGAAUGUCGAAAUUCCCCUCUCGCCAGGACCCCCCCAUGCUGUCUGCCUCAGAUCCCAGGGGUCACCAUACCAGCUACACACUCCGUGGGGAAACUGCAGGACCUGAAAGAGGAGGAAGAGAAGGAUGUUGCAGAUGACAGCCAAUUUGAGAUGGAUAUUUGAGCUCCAGAAUUGCCUCCUGUGGAGAGUUAUUGGUUAAAGGUCAUAAAUGACUAAUGCAUUAAUUAUAUGAAAAAAAAAAUCAUUAUUCCUCUUAUUUUUUGUUUACAAAUACCUUUGUCAAAAACCCAAAUGAAUGUGUGGAACUGUGGGGUGAUUUUGUGUUGUUACCCUCUCACACUGAGUUAAGCAAAGGAAGAAAAUGGAUUGCCUUGAUAAUUUCUUGCUUGCUAACUGUAAUGAUACAGCAGUACAAGGGAGGGGGAAAAACCUUUUUUGAAUUAACUUUUUUAUCUUAUGUAAAUAAGAAAUUUGUACGAUGUAGCAUGUUUUUUAAGUUGAGGGAAAUGAUUACAUUAAGAGAUGUAUGGAAUGGGUUAGCAAUGCAUCAGCCUUCUUAUGUGAAGCCUCAAACGGGAAGACUCACUUUGUUUGAAGCCUGCAGAUUAUCAAACAUUUAUUUUGUAUGAAAGGAGUGAUUUGAGAAUUUCAAAAUAAAGGCAGUGAAAAUGCAAAA